CCAGAUGAUGAGAGUUGGGCGCCAUAAACUUUGCAUUCCUGCUUAUAAUUGUAAUUUCGCUAAACCCUAGCUGAUCGUUCUAGGGUUUUGACUGACCUCUGUCGAUCUCAAACCGAACCAGAUUGGUACCAGUCGAAACAGAUCUAGAAACUAGAUACAAUGUAUCUUCAGUUUUACAUAAACGAGAACGGCGACAAAGUCUACACAACCAAGAAAGAAUCACCGCUGGGAUUGCCAACCCAAUCUGCACAUCCAGCUCGCUUUUCUCCAGAUGACAAGUACUCUAGGCAAAGAGUUCUCCUGAAGAAGAGAUUUGGGUUAUUGCCAACCCAGCAGCCACCACCCAAGUACUGAACUAAUGACUAGGCUUGAACAUUGUGGAUUGCAUUGUUUUGGAGCAUUUACAAGUAUGGAUAUACCCCAUCACAUGCCAAAGAGUGUUCUUAAAGUGUGUCUGUUAUGUGGCUGGACUUUUUGGUAUAUCUGCCGAUACUACCACUAUCUAUUUUGGAGCAUGCUGAAAUAUAUGUAUGUACUCAAGAGCUGGUUCCCUCUAAAUUGUGGUUGUCUUGAUCCUGAAAUUUAUUUAAUUUGGUUGC